AUGGCCGACCUCGAUGCGGAAUUACUUGCUCUCGCUGGAGGAGACUCCUCCGGCGAGGAAAGCAUGCCUUCUUCCCCUAAACGCAAAUCACCUUCGCCAUCCCACUCAAAGAAACCUUCCAGAGAAUCCCCGCCACCCGAUAUGGCUCGAAAGGGUGUCGCGAAACCUACAAAGCGUGCUAGACGCCGCAAGAAUUACUCUGAUGAUGAAGAUGAUCUGUCGUCGUUAUCUCAGCAUUCCGAGUCUGCUUCCAUGUCUCAAUCUGACUCCGAGGCCGACUUCAGCCCAGGAGCUGACAAGCCGAUCUUUCCCUACGAAAAACUCUACUACGAUUCUGCAGACAAGACCAAGAUCGAUGGUCUCCCAGAAAUUGAGCGAGAAGAGAUCCUUGCGCAACGAAGUGAACAAGUCGAACGACACGAGCAAGAUCUGACUCUGCGUCGCUUGGUCGCAGCUCGCGCCAAAGAAGAAGCCAAAAAUGCCGCCAAAAACAAGCGCAAGGCAAGCGCUGCCGAUUUAGACGACGGUCAGCGGAAGAGCACUCGACAACGUACAAAAGUGGGAGGCGGUCGAGUUGGAGAAGCCAGCAGUGCGAUUGAAGCAUACAAACUUCAGCGAGCAGAGAAGAAUCUUCGGGAUGAGCAGCGCAAAAAAGAUGGGUUCUCCAGGAGACCAGCAUCACCGCGCAACGACUACAGUGACGCCGAUGCUGACGCCGAAAGCGAUAAUGACUUUGAGGAGCGGAAAUAUCGAAAACGAACGCCGACACCACCUAAAGAUGAUCCCACCGCGGAACUGGCCGAUAUCCAGAGAGUCCGUGUUGGUCGUGACAAUUUUGCUCAGGUCUGCUACACUCCUGGUUUCGAAGAUGCCAUCACAGACUGUUAUGCCCGAGUUUGUCUUGGGCCUGGUCGUACUCCAGGUGUCAACGAAUAUCGACUUUGCUUGAUCAAAGGCUUCACAAAAGGCAAACCAUACGCGAUGACUGGGUCAAAUGGCAAGCCUUUCCCUGUCGAAAUGUACAUACGAGCUGGACAUGGCAAAGCCGAGAGACCUUGGUCUUUUCUCGAAUGCUCAAUGUCAAAAUUCACGGACGAUGAAUGGCGACGCUACAGAUCAACUAUGGCCAAUGACGACUUGAAGAUGCCUACCAAAGGUCUAAUCAAUUCCAAACUUGAUCAAAUUCACAGACUUCUGAACCAUCGAUACACGGACAACGAGAUCUCUGAGAAGUUCAAGAAGCAAAACGAACUUCUGGAGAAAAUAUCAAGAACUCAGGAAAAGGAAAGUCUUCGAGAAAAAAUCAGCCAAGCCGCUGCCGAUGGAGAUGAUGAAGCUGUGGCAGAUCUAGAGCAUCAACUCGAGAAUAUUGUGCCGAUCAAGCUUGCCUUCGGCACGACUCUUUCACGUCCGGAAAAUACCUAUGUCAACAAGGAACAAGAACGCUUGGCCGAACUCAAUCUUCGGAAUCAGAGGCUCAACGCAGAGAAUGUUCGUAAGGCACAACUGGCAGAAUUGAAGGCACGAAAGGUGAAGAAGAGACAUUUGGCGCCAGGAAUCGAGGAGCUGUUCGAAGGAGGAAGUGAUAUCAGCAGGACUGGUACACCUGUAAAUGGUUCCGGUACACCGAAGGCUGCAGCGAGCAUUUCACGAGCAGCUACACCCAACCCUUUGGCAACCUCAAAUGGGGCCCCUCGCAGCUCGACACCCAAUCCGACCCUCUUCAAGCCAGUUGCAGAGAAGAAAAAGACGGGCCUUCCCACCAUCAGAAAAGCAGCACUGGAUGAUGAGAUAUUGGCAAGCAUGGAUCUUGGAAUAGACAUCGACAUCGAUAUCUGA